CCCUCGACGGUAUAAUCCAGUCCUCGUCGAUCAGCUGUUGAAGAAGAAGAAGAAGCGAUGGGAGUGUUUUCGUUCGAGGCGAAAUUAUUUUUAUUAUUUUCGCGCUAAAUAGCAAGCUGUUGAGGAGCCAAUUUAGUUUAGAACGCGACCGAGUAGUUAGCAACUCUCGCUGUGAUAGCGGCCGACGCGCCGCCCGGAUGAAAGUGCGUGGAAAAGCGAAUCGAAAAUUGAGACACCUCCGCGACCUCCGAUACAAAGUGGGAAAAAUCGAACCUGUGUGCGUGUGCGUGUGUAGCCCUGUGUGUGUGUAGAAUAAUAAAUUUAAUUAAAAGUCUAAUGUGCAACGCUGCCAGUAAUCUGUAGCCGAAAAAGUAAUGCCAUUGUAUAUAUCUAUAUAGUGUGUUUGUGAUCGAUGAGAAUGAGUGCAGCGAUGAGCAAUCGAUAAUCGCAAGUGCGCACCUUACAACAACAACAAAGCAGGCAGGCACACCUAAACAGCCCACUUCCCCUCGCCAUAACACACACACACAGUAGCUGGGAGAUGGCGGACUUGGUGGAUAUGGCAGCGGUGGAGGAGACCAGCGACGAAGGCUUUCCGCUGGGAUUUCCAGAAGUCGGCACCUGGAACACCACACACAAUGUCGCCUUCAACGACAUGAAUCUGGAUGCGCGCAUGAUAUGGCUGCUUGCGUCGCUACUUACCACCAUCACCUGGGUGACUUACAUCACCUUCUACAAUUCCCGAGUGAUCGGGAUGCUGAUCACAAAGAUCGCCAACAGGUGGUUCAUCAAGGGAGCGUACUUUAAGAUCGGAUCUGUGGCGCUAAAUCCGUUAGCUGGAAAGAUUAUGUUUCGGGACUUUGUGUAUAUCACCUACGACUACACGGUGCGAGCACAGGACGGAUACUUCAUCUUUCGCUGGUGGCGAUCAUACGUUCCCAAGGAUGUGUCGGAGGAUCUCUCCCACUCGGACACGCGUCUUUCGGUCCAGUUAAAUGGAUACGAGCUGCACAUAUACAACAGAUCCGAUCUGUACGACAAGCUGGAGAAGACCUUUGGGCUAGAGCCAUCGCUGCUCAUACCCACGGAUGUGGUGAGCAACGAGGAACGGAACAAGCUAAAGGAGCACCACAUGAACCUCGAAAAUGCGCGAAGAAUACAGAACGUUAAGAACUCGGAGGCCAUGCAGGCGACCACUUGGAGGGAUCUGAUUCCAGUGAUCAAGAUCGACAUCUGCUCCGGCCGCUUCGUCUUUGGAAACCGUCUGACCCCGACCACUCUCUCGAUUUCCGUGGAGGAAGCCCACUGCACCUAUAGUACGAAACCAGCCGUGUGUCAAUUGGAUCACUUUAUGCACUUUGUGAAGGCCAAGGUGGAGAAUGCCAAGGUGCUCUUCUGUCCGAGUCCCAAAUACACGGGAUUGAUCGAUGAGCCCCCUCGAUAUAUGGGCGAGGGCUUCGUGGUGAUGAUGUCCAAUCAAAUGGACUUGUACUUCUAUAUGGAUGAGCCCGGCGUGGUCCCGGAACAGCCCGUUCAGAUUGUCCUGCCCAACGGAGAUGUGGUGGAGCCCUCGCCCCCCGUUUGGGGUAUCAAUGCGAGGUGCCUCAAGGGAACGGAUUUCAGCUACGGACCCUGGGCCGAUCGUCAAAGGGAUCACCUGUACAAAUACUUUUACCCCUCAGAUUGGUUGGAGGCAGAGGUCACGCCGACACCUCAGCCCGGGGAGCUGCGCAGCUAUCAGUCCUUCGAUGUGACGCUGUGCGUGCUAAAUGAGGCCACCAUCGAUAUACUCUUCUCCAAGGAAAAGGAGACGAACGCGAUGCACAUUACCGUGGGUCCUGCUUCAUAUGUAGAGGUUACGAUUCCCUGGGUCACCCAACCAGACGGCUACACUUCCAAGAUCCAGGGUCAGCUCUUUCACGUGGAGGCCACCACAUCGCUGCAGUACCGGAGCCUGGCCGAGUUCGAGUCCCUGGAGUACAAGGUGCGGAUCCACUAUCCGACCAAGUGGAAUGCGCCGCAGGACUGGAGUAUCUCGUUGUCCGGCUGCAAGACGAGUGCUUUUAUUGUGUACAAGCACAAGUGCUUCUUCCAGGACCUGAUCGAGGAUUGGGCGAACAAGGCCAGGCCGGAUGUACUCAGUUUCGUUCCUUACACCUGCAACUUCAGCAUUCGGCUGCAUGAGUUCGAGAUCCUGAUGCUCUGCAACGAGUACAACUGGAUUGACUGCAGCAGUGCCAAUCAGGAGAACAACCACCUGGCCUUCUGCGGGGACGUCUUCGAAAUGAGCUUUGCCCUGCCCUUCGAUGACUUCCUACCCAAGACGGUUACGUUGAAGUUCUGGAUCCACGGCGAGGGCUUGGACCUGAGCUUGUACGUGCCGGAGGUAUCCUCGGUGCGUCCCAUUGUUUUAGCCAUAGACGAGAACGCAAGACUGCUGACCAGGGAGGGCAAGCUCAUCAGGCGCCCGGAGUUAUACUCAAAGAAGUGGCGCAAGAUCUGCCAGCGCUCCGCCGGUUGGAUUGACUGCUGGGCUGUGCCAAUUUUGGCCCUGUCCAUUCAGUAUGUUUAUCAUCCCGUUCCGCCCUUGGGGCCCGAUCCCCAGGCGGAUAUCACCACGCCGGAGAAGGAGGAAAUCCUACUGAGUCCCAUGCGAAUACCCAAGGUCAGGAAGUCGCCAGUGAGCAGCUGGCAGCAGCCACCUGAGCAAUACAGUAAGUUCGAUCCCGGCACAUUGGCGGCGGAUCAUGUCACCGUUGAACUGGAAAUUGGCAGCUCGGUUCUUAUGGCGUACGGGAAUGUGCUGCGCAACUUUAUUAACCUAAAGGAGAACAUUUUCGGGGAGGAUCAGAACUUUACUGAUAUGGAGCAGUCAAAUGUAAAUAUGAAGGAGCCGGGGGCCACACAGCUUAAUCCCAAAGAUCAGCUUUUGGCCAAGGAGAAGGAAUUGGCCAACAAAUCAAUUUCGGAAACUCAAGCGCCUGAGGAGAAGCGCAAGCCCUUUGAUCCCCGUCUGUAUCGCCCGCUGGAGGUGAUGGUGUCUGUGAUUGUCCAUGAUAUCCAGGCGCAUGUGAUGAAGAACUGCAAUGCCGACGAUCCCCCGUGCCCGGUGGUGCUGAUUGAGCGAUUUGGCUUCGAGAUGAAUAAGCGGUAUCACGAGACCACGCUACAGGUUCUGGUUAGUCCGUCGUAUCUGCUGGCCUCCGAUUGCCUGCAGCGCUCGCAGCGGGAGCAGCACAUUAACCAGGGUCACCUGAUGCUGUCGGCAGUCCAGGUGAGAGGUCAUGCCAUGUUUAGCAACGAAGGAUGUGCGCUGGAUGAGGACACGCUAGAGUACUCCUGGCUUGUGGAGGUGCAGUUGGGUAAACUCACAGGAAAACUUACGCUGCCCCAGCUGGUGAAUGUGGUCACGGGUCUGGAGACUCUCAUCCUACUAGCCAUCGACCCAGAGAACUGCUUGAAGUCUCCAAAGACGGUAAGGAAUUGUCAUCAUGGAGUGCCCAGCAAUUUGUGUCCCCAAACAAAAGAGGAGAAGAAGUACAAGUGCCCCUCCUCCGAGGAUAUCAAAUACAAAAUGACCCGAGUUUCGGUGGAUGCAGUUGAUGUCUAUCUUAUUGAGAGCGGCACUGCCCUGCACGCUUGGAUCUCACCCAUCCGCUUGGCGAAUUGUAACCUCCACGGCCAGCGGGUAAAGUCCGGGAUCUCUGGCUUGCUGCCCUCCAUUUUGCUACGCCUGUUCAUGCUGCACACCACGAACUCCUCGUUCAACACCAACACCACGGGCAGCAAUCGAUCCGGAAAGUUGAGGCGAGCAGAUCAGGACUCUUUAAAGUCCCAGGAUGCAGCUGGUGGAUCGCACUAUGCCGCGCAUGGCAAGGCAGGCAAGCGCAGCUCCAACUCCUUUUCAAGACGGGACUCUCGGGAUGAAGCCACGCGAAAGCUGAGGGAUAGUUUCUCGGAGCCGCACGCUAAGCGCACACCGGAAACAUCUGAUCUCUGCGAAAAUUGGGUGGAGGUGGGAUGCACUUCGCUGGGUCCCAUUCUCCUUGAAGGAGCUUCUGCCUUGCCGAUACCGGAUCACGAACUGCAUCUAGUACAGCACAAUUUUCUGCGCGAACAUGAUGCCAAGUUCAAGCGCUUAUGGUUCCUCUGGUCACAUAAUGGAAGUGCCCUGUCCUCUGGCACCGAAAUUUCACGGUGCGGAUGCAUUGGAGGCUGUGUCUUCUUUGGCAGUAAUCGAAAUGGUCAGAAGUUCUUCAAGCCAACGGCACAGGAUGUCCACGAUAACUACAACAUUGCGCGUUACUUCAUUAUCAACAAUAACAAGGACUUUGGUUUCGGCGAGAGCAUUCUCCACCAAGGUCAAUUAGUCUUCCACACACCGCCCUAUAGCCUGCACUGCGUUUCGCUGUACGAUUCGGCCGAUUUCAAUGGCAAGGGCCGUUUGUACAGACCGGCCGGAGAUUUACGCAACGGAAGCCUGAAGAAAUCGGAUCUCUGUUCCUUACCCGAUGGGACCAAGUUCAAGAUCGGGGCCAGUGGAACAGCCGGAGUCGAGAAGCCGGACCUGAGUAAUCGAAACAAGUCGCGGGAGAGCAUUGGAUCGCCGAAUACUUUGGAAAGGAGAAACAAGCGCUAUCCCUGCACCCGCCAGACCUCCGUGGAGGUUCCCUACGCCCGCCUACUGGACAGUCCCUCUAAAAAGCUUCAGUUACAACAUGAAGGGUCUGCUGCAGGCGGCAGCGACAUGGGAAGUGGGCACCGACGUGGCUCGGACUCGAACAGGCUGCGAGUGUCGCCGCCCAAGACGAGCAUUUCGGACUCCAGACUGACCGGGGAUGUCCUGGAUGAUGAACAUGAGAUGCCCGACGAGAUGUCGCACUCGGCACCACAUUCACAUCCCCUGGAGUUUGAGAUCGCGGAUAUAGCUGUACAUGCGCAGGGCUUGGGGGGUGAUCACCUGCCUCGAGAGGUACAGCGCACCAUAUCGCUGACAUCGGAGAAUCCCUCGGAGAUGUUCUUCUCCGCCGAAGAGGACAUAUCUAAUGUGAUGUCGCAGCGGGGGUCCAUGAAGCAGCGAAAUAGCGCCAACAGCGGAUCAGUGGUGCUGUCUGGAAAGAAGCGAUUCUCAUCAGAUUUAAGCAUUGGAGCUCAAAACGAGAAUGGCAGCCAUACCUUGCCCACUUAUCGCAGCGAUUUGGAGAUCCAUGCGCCCGACGGCAAUAAAACACUUCCGAAGCGCCCGCAGAGCACCACUGAACUGAACGAAGACGCGAGACGCAUUCACGGUCUUGCCACACCAAUAAGAAAAUUAACAAAUAUAUCAUCACGACCUGAGUACCGACAUUUUGUUCAUGAUGCUGAUUCCCGUGGAUCCUCGUCCGGCACACCAUCCCUGUCUUCCAACUCCUUUAUCUCGGCCAUGUCGUCGCAGGAGGAUGUGGCUUUGGUCAAUCUCCAUCAGCAGGUCAACCGGCCGAUCAUAGAUUCGCCUUUGCUAAUGGCCAGCUACCUGAAUCACCUGUCGCAGGUGAAGUGCUUCAACUGGAAUGGCUGCUCCUUUCCCUUGGGGCCCGAUGUCUUUUCCACGCCACUCUUCUCGGAAAACGAAGAUGGCGGCCUCACCUAUAUUGGCAGUAAAAUGCUGCCCCACUUCGAUCUGUAUUCGUGUUGGCGGGAGAUCAAGGUGGUUCCCCGAUACGAAAACGCAACGGGUAGUAACAGCUCGGCUACGUUCAUGGGCGGACCCAAGUCGCAUCCCUGGGAUCCGAGUGUCCUGCUUAAGGAGGAGGAAGCGGACAAGACCACAAACGGGUUUGACGAUGGCGAGUUCAUGAGCCUGCAAGCAGAGGGAGGAGCAGCCUGCACAUCAGUGGUGGCGCGGCUUAAGGGACAGCUUAACGUCUUCCUAACCCCGCUUCUGUUGGAGGGAUUGCAAAGAAUGGUGGAAGCCGCCGUUCCCACAAUCCAAUCAAUGCACCUGCUGUCGGUGGUGAACUUUAUACACACCUCGUGCAUUGCCAAGGUGAACAACGACAACAUCCUGAAGAGAGAUCAGAGCCUCAGCUACUGGUCUCAGGUGCACUCCAACUCCAAGCGAUCCACAACGGAGAGACACCUCCAGGGGCCCGGGGACUCGUUCCUCAGCGACGUAUACGAGGAGAGCAUCUCCACCAAGACUCAGGGACUGAUUGUGCUGCCCAAGGUCAGCAUCACCAUGCUGCAAUCCUCUAUUGUGGAGGAGAUCAUCUCGGUGGCAGCGCUGGAUAACGUUCAGGAUCUGAGCUGCGUUUCCCUGCUCACCUUUUACAUGGAGGGCAUAUCCACCAAGUUCCACCUUGGCAAGACCACCCGUGCCUCCAUGCACAACGUGUACAUCCAGCAGACGGUGCAGUCCGGCAGCAGCCACAAGAAGGGAGGCAUCAUGAAGGGCACUCGGGCCCUCCUGGCCCACCUCUCGUCGCAAACGCGACCCGACAAUGUCCAGGGCGAGCCCAUACUGAUCGAGACUUCGGAAAAGCAGCUGGAGGAGUUGGUCAUUACGCUGGACAUCGGCAGAGCCCAUGCCCAGCUGCGUCGCCUGAAGACGGAGGGCCAGUCGUGUGCACAGGAUUCGCCCAUCAUCGUCACCGCCAUUCCGGAACACAAGAGCAAAGUGCUUUUCGAGUGCCUGAAAAUGCCGGAGAGCACGGGCAUCGAAAGCAUUGGCUACAUUAUGUUCGAGUGUGGAUUGGAGGGCGUGGGUGUGAAGAUCGUGAAGCGUUCGCACUUCGAGAAGUCAGAGAACAGCAAAGAGGAGUUGGCCGAGAUGGCGGGAGCGGGAGCUGAGGGAGCCACCUCUGCUGGAGGUUUCAAUCUCAACGAUCUGGUGGGUGGCCAAAGCGACGGAGCAGCAGCUUCUAGCGACGGGGGAGCCACUUCCAAGGCGGAAGCAGCCUGGAGAUUGAUAACCAAAAAGCCUCCCACUCCCAAGACCCCCAAGGCUUCAGAGGGCAAUGCUGGUGGCGGAGAUAACUCCUCCUCGGCGGCGGGUGACCGGAAAUCCACACCCAAACCUCUAGAUGAGGAUGUGGAAAAGGGAGCGGGCACUGGGAAUAAUCCGACAGGCGGCGGGACGGGAAACAACUCCAAGGAUGCCUACGACAAGGUGCUGUCCAAUGUCAAGGAAACGGACAAGACCUCCUCCUGUGUGAUCGAACUGAAGGCGGUGUGGUUCAACUUUGCCGCUCCGCCCUGUGUGCCCAUCACGCGGAAGAUCGACCUGACACGCCUGGACUGGAAUCUUCUCAGCACCGCUUCGCCGGCCAUUACGGCUUGGAUGAAUCCUAGCAACCGACUGGCCAUCAAGAUCGUGUCCCUCAUGAAGGCUCUGCACACCAGGCAGACGGCAGUCGCCGCUUGCCUCAUGGCGCAGGCCAUGGACAACGAGAAGAUCCAGAGGAAUCCCAAGAUAAAGAAGAGUCGUUAUGCCAACAACUACACGCUGCUGUCCAAGACACUGCAGGAGGAUCCCAGCUGCCAGCUGUGCUACAUCAUGCAAAAGCUGGUCCUAGACGAGGGCGUCGAGCGCAUCGAGCCCAUUUUCAAGCAGCACGAUGUGCCGCAUCUCAACACAUUGCGACAGGGCAUCAUUGUGCUGAGUCGACAGUGGAAGAACACCCUCUACAAUCCCAUUCUGUUUGAGCACCAGUACAAGAACAAGCUGGCGCGGCCCAUCAACGUUACCUUCUCGUUCCCGCAGAACGAGGAGGAGGCGGAGAACGAUGAGCUUGAAGGUGAUGUUGAAAUGGGCGCCUAUUCGGGCGUCGGCGAGAAUCCGGAAGAGAGUGAGAAUGCUUUAUUACUUGGGCAAACACAGCAUCAUCGAACUCACAUUGAAAACAAUCAGUACGGCGCAGGACUUCCGUAUGGUCAUGAGGCUGGAAACCAUGGAACUGCUUCGCAACGAUCCACUUCGACUUCGCCAAAUAUUCACCUCCCGCGUCGUGGCUUGAGCAAAGUGCACAGCAAAGCCUCGAAUUAUUCACAUGGCAAUUCAUCUCGUUCUAGCAUUCAAAUGCUGCCCAUUAUUUCUGGGCUGGUGGAGAAGCAGAUGCCGGAAUUCGAGUACGGUGCCUUGCAGGAGGGCUCCUUGAGCUCCACCAACUCUGUUAAUAAAUUCUGGCUGGGAGCAGAGAACCACAAGGAGGACUUGUACUUCUGGAUGGCCAAGCAACAGGAUAGCAAAAAGAAGCACUUUGCCGAAAAGGAGCACGCUCGCCCUGCUCCGCCCAAGAUGCAUGGUCACUAUACGGGUCAGUCUCGCAGCGGCAUCAUGCAGGAUUCCAUUAAGCUGCUGGAUGCCCAUUUGAUUUUCGAGCCCCUGCUCACCUGCCUGGGUGUAAUGCCCCAGCAGAUGAUUAACAAGUUCUCCAACGCGGACAUCUCGUCGCUGGAGAACUUUGGCACCAAUCUGUCGCUGAUCGGCACCUUCGAUUCCAUUCGCGUGGACAUCGUGGUCAGCGAGGCGGGUGACAAAAAGAACUCGGCCCAGAAGCCAGCGAAACUGAACAAAAAAUCAAAUGGUGGUGGCAGGGCCUCCAUUAUGAUGGACACUCCGCUUUUCCUUUGCGAGCGAGUCGGUGUGGAGCUGGAGGUACUCAAGAUGUCCGAUGGGAUGGUGGAUCAGGCACGCCAGAAUGUCAUCUAUAUGUCGCGACGCCAGCUGAAGAAGCACACCAGCACUGUGAUCAACUUCAGCCUGAAUGUGAGGUUCAUUUCGCAGCAGGUGAACAUGCCGCUGCUGCGGCUGCUCCACCAGAUCUGCAACAUGUAUCAGAAUGUGAAGGACGCCCAGAACGAGUUCCACGAGCAGCCCGAGCUGAGCAAAAAGAGUCAGACCAAGGAUGAGUGUAGUCUGGCAUCCGAACCCACAGACAUCUUGCCCUUCAAUUCGGUAGCCGAACGUUUUGGUCACGGCGAGAACUACUCGGACGAGCGCUACGAUAAAUUCAAUGAAACCAUGCCCACGACGAUAGCCAGGCCACGCCCUGGCGGUCUGGCGCCCAUCAUCCAACUCACACCUUCGCCCAACGCCAAGAACCGGCCGCAGAGCUUCGCCCAGAAGCUUCGUUCCACUGGGAAGUCCGUCAAGGGCAAGCUGGGCUACACGAACCUGAAUGAGUCCAGCUCCUCGCCCUUGAGGGACAGUCCCACAAUGUCGAUCCAUGAGCAGAACAUCCUCAAAAUGUCCACGGAGUCGAAGGCCUCUCUGAACGGUGCCUGUGCCACCAGUAUGAGUGGUGACUACCAGAAUACCCUUACCAAGGCGGGAAUGCCGACGAUGGCUCCUCUGUUGGAGACACCAAACUGCUGGAAGACCAUCUACCAUCUGCUGGAACUGUACGGCACCAUGCCGGAAACCAAGACAGUGGUCCAGAGGAGCUCUCUGAACGAGCACAAGAGCAAGCCCCAUCAUGCCUUCGGCAAUGAUGAAGAUGAUCUCGCCAGUGCUCCCACACCGGUGCCCCAGCAUCGCGAGAUGCUGCUGGUGGACGCACCAUCCCAGGAGCGAACGCGACUGAUUGUCUUUGGGGUGGCGAAAAUCCACAAGACUCGCCUGCUGGCCACGCUCUCCGGCCUCAAGUUGGAGUCCGAGAUCACCACUCUGAACAGCACGGCCACUUGGCGAAAGAAGGCGCGUCCCGUCUCCUUGGAGUGCUCGCUCACGGGCCAGGUGGGAAGGGCGAUGAUUGUGCUGCUGGAGGGAGUGGCUCCCAGUCAACAGACUGUUGUAAAGGUGACCGUGGGCAAGAGCCAGACGCUCUAUUCGAGCCUCUCGAAGCGGGGCAAGGACAAGAACAGUGGCCUGCUCUCCAUCGGAGCCAUCAACAUAGACAUUCCGCAGCAUCCAGUGGCGCUGCAUGGCAUGAUGACUCGCAGCUCCAAGCAGUUGUCCUCCACCUUGCAGGAGUUGCGAGUGAAGCGCAAUUCUGGUCGCUCAACUCUCCGUUCGCAUACGGCUGAGGAGCCUGAGUCACCCUUCCAUGCCCGCAACUCGGGAGGAAAUAGUAGUGCCGGUGGAAUGGCCAGUGAGAUGCGGGAACGCACUGUAUCCGGUGGCGCGGGAGCCCAACAGCAUCACCAGCCCCACCAGCAAGCGGCUCGAAGGGCAGCCGCCUCCCACAUGGCUCAGUCCAAGGCAGGAGGAGCCCAGGCUCAGCACCAGAACGGAUUGCUGCAGCCCCUGGUCAUGCAGUUCAAUGUGCUUCUGCAGAGCCUGUCCAUCAAUGCGGCUCUGUUGCCCUCGCUCCAGGCCCAGUAUCGGAUGAAUCAUGUCAGCUCGAUGGGAGUGACUGGCCAGCGGGCCAAGUUCGUCAUCGAUCUGCCCACGCACACGCUCAGCUUCAACACGAAGAUUCAGAAUGAAAUGAAUCUGCCAUCGGAGGCCUGCAUUGGCCUGCCCCCGGUUCACGUCCUGGCGGAGUAUAUCCCCGACCAUCGGCAGGACCACACUGAAAACAUCGAGGGAAUCGUGCUGCGUCAAGGCGGCUACGUGAAUGCCAGCGCCGAGAUCGGGGAGUUCGAGCGCUGCCUGACCACCGAUCUCCUAAACCAUCUGGUCUUCGUGCAAAAGGUGUUUAUGCGCGAAAUCAACGAGGUGCUGCAGAAGGUGUAUGGAGGCGAGAAGCCCGUUCCACUGUGGACGGAGGAGAGCGGUGAUAACUCCGGAGCCGUGCAGGAGUCGUCGCUCAAGCGCAUCCUCUUCUCCAUCAACAUAUCGAUGAAGCGCAUCCAGCUGACGGCCACCACACCUUGCUCGUCGGCGGUUCGCUUCGAAACCGGAACUUUGGAGCUGCAACUAUCGAAUCGGGUGAAGAACCUGGGCGAUCUGAGCAACCGAAAGCUCUUCUUCAAGGCCCACAUCGAUUUCAAUCUAUCCCUGGGCCAGAUCAUCCGCAAUGUGAUCUUCGACGAGGCUGAACCGGAGUUCCAGCAGUAUGCCUUCUUCCACACAACGAUUGGGCUGAGGAAUGCCUUCCAGGACGAGUUGCUGAACGAGGACAAGGAGUUGAUUCUACUUACGCUCAAGAGACCGCUGGUCUACGUGCAGCCCAUUGCCGUGGAUAAGGCCAUCCUCGUGUGGCUGAACUACAAGAAUGCCUACGAGUACUGGGCGGAGAAGCGGGCAAACCUCUGCCACGAGCACGUCCAGCACAGCCAGUACGGUCAGUACUCGGCGGCCCAGCAUCAGAACCAGAAUCCGCAGGUGUUCGAUCGCGUGGCCUUCGGCCAGAUAGCCAGCUCCAACCUAUCGACGCUCUUCCUGCAGCUCACCGUCGAGGACAUGGGCAUCUGCCUGCCCCUCAAGCAGGUCAACACCACGUUUGGCUCCCGUUCCUACCAGGACUUUGAUGCAAAGGGUGCGGUGGUCAUCACGCUGGAGAACACUAUUAUAUCGGCGUGCAACUCGGGUGCCUUGGUGUCCAAGGGCAAGUUCCAGGGACUGUGCCUGCGCUUCGCCGACGACUUCGAGACGAAUCUGGACGACUGGAAGCCCAAUAGUGCCGAGCCCAUCAUGAAUGUCUGCGUGGUUUCCGAGGGAACCUUCGAGGUGUGCUCUCGCACCACGGCUGCCAAGAAGGGUGAGAACGCCAAGUGGCUGCUGAAUGUCAAGUGGCAGAUGGAGGGCGUGGACAUCCAUCUGGAUGUGAACAUUGGCAAGCAGCUGAGUUCCCUGGGCCACACCCUGACCAUGCUCACGGGCUUCGAGGAGGAGGAGACCCAGAUGGAGUCACCCGACAGCGACGAGGGGGAUCAGAGCUGCAGGGAUACCUUUGUGAGAAGGAGAGGCGACUUCGACAACCUGCCAGCCUUUGUAUUUGAUCCCACCAUCGACUCCAAGAAGCGUUCGUUCAUGAUGGAGAAGGAAAUGGCCGAGCAGCUGAAGAUCAUCAACGAUCUGCGCACUCUGGGGGCUUCCCACAACACCGUAGCCCACGAGGAGCGGCGACUGCAGGAGCUCCAGGCUAUUUGCUACAAGUAUUUCCGCCGUGACAUGAUCCAGAAGUGGAAGAGGCCUUCGCUGAGGCGAUCCCUCAAGAACUACGGUCGCUCGCAGUCGUAUAUCGGAGCAGGAUCUUCGGUUAGUGGGGUGGGAGUUCCUCAAACUCUGGACAAUGGAAGCUAUGCAGGCCGAAGACUGGACACCAUUGCCUCCAACGACGAGAUAUCCAGCCUGCAGAGCACUCCUGCUUCCUGUCACUCGCGCAGUGCCUCCCUGAAACAGACUGGAGGAGGAGGCAUAGUCGGCGGAGGCAUUAAUCCUCUGGGUCGAGUGACCUUCACCGAAGCCAUGAGACAGACAUCGCUUCCCAAUGCGGACACGGACACGGAGACGGCGGACAACGAGCUGGACUGGCGCGGGGACAUCACGCCCAGCGAGAUAGAUGUGGACGGCACCUCCGUUGAGAUGCGUCGCAAGCAUGGCCAUGGCCAGAAACAAGCUGAACCCAAUAUAGAUUUCGAGCUGGACAUCAAGGUUCUGGUGAACUCUGGGAAAUGCGUACUCCACACCAAGGAAACGGGCGAGGACAGGGCCCAGGGUUAUGCAGCAGGAUCAGGAGCAGCGGGCACCAGCGUACCAGCUUCGAGUGUCAAGUCCCAUAAGCGUGAGAGGAGUAUAGGCAACGAUUGGGGCAGUCCCACGCCCUCGAGAAGGCAGAGGGACAAGAGCAAGCUGCGCUACAAUGCCAACGCACUGCUGGCAGAUCUCACCAUCUUCCACAUCCCAGGAUUGGAUGUGAAGCUGCACUACCAAUCGAAAACGCUGCCAGAUCAGGUGUCCGGGGAUCAGAUGCCGCCACAUGGUCGCCGGUUGGGCAGCAAGCGAGCCACUUUGUGUGCCUGGAUGACCCUGCAGAGUAUCCCGGAGGAAACCAUCAUAUCUCCUCAUAUUCUGGAGUUCCUGGAGCAGACCCUGGAGCCCAUACCCGCUCGCCAGUCCAGCAGUGUUCCCCCAACGCCCUCCCACAACGCAGCCGUUAAUCUGGACAUACUGCCUGCCAACUAUGUGACUUAUGCCUCGUUCCCCGUAGACGUCAUCGUAUAUUUCCACAUGCAACCCUCUACGUUCCGCUUCAGCUGCCUGCCCGUCUCUCGCGUGGAGUGCAUGCUGCAGUUGCCCAGCCUGGACAUUGUAUUCAGCUCCAAGCGGAGCAGCGAGGAGGAGAGCUCAACCACGCACCCGGGAAGUCACGCUCACCCGGAGCAGCCGCUGCCCACUGGCGGACUGAGUGUCACCGGCUGCCUGGCUGACUUCAAUGUGUUCAUCUUCCAUCCCUACGGCGGGAAGAAGACCUCCAAGGAGACUCAGUUCUCGCCGCUUAGCGACAGUGAGAGGAAGGACUCCCUGAGCAUCAACGUGGAGUUUGUCAAGUUUCACAUUACGCGCUGCCGCAAGGUCUACAUCGAGCCCCUGCCCAGCUCCAAGAGAUCUCUGGAUCAGUCCCGAGCCGUGAUCCGCUUCUCCACCAUUGUGGACAUUGGAAGUGCCAGCUUCAAGUACGACAUGAGAAGAUUAACGGAGAUCCUGGCUUUCCCCAAGGCCUGGUAUCGCAGGAGGAUCGUGAGACGCCUCUUUCUGGGCGACCUAAGUGUCCACCAGCAGCAGCAGCAGCAACAGCAGCAGCAGCAGGGAAAUGGUGCUGAAACCCCAACUGGAUGCGCUCCUGCUACCCCAACUCCCAGCGAGGAUGCAAGCAGGGCCAAGGACAAAAUGCGCCUGGAUUUCGAUGCUCAGCCGCAGCAGCAAUUGGGGCACUUUGGUGCUGUGAGGAAGCUCAAGAACCUGGGCAAGUCCUCCAGCGCCGAGUCCUCGGGAACUCCUCCGUCUGAGAAGAACCAAAUCACCGCCUGGGAGACACUCGUCCUGUUCGCAGUGAAUUUCACCAAGCUGAAUGUGCAGAUGAACAUUGGCAACGUGUGCGGCAACGUGGUGUGGCUCACCAAGGACUUCCAGUCCGAUGGACGACUCUCCAUUGGCAGCACAGGCUACAAGAACAUGUAUGCUGGCAUCUACCUGGGAGGAUCAGCUCUGGACGCCAAGGGUGGAAUUGUGGGCGGCAGUUUUGAGGUGAACAAGAUUAACAAGCGAUUCCACAUCAAAGAGGAGGCAGGCAUGGAGCCGUACCACACCAUGGGCCUCAGUUUUAUGGCCUUGGAACUCAGGCUGGACUACAUGGGAACUUCUGUGCUGAUGACACGCAUCAGCAGCUUCUCCGCCGCCAUGAAGGACGAGUGGCGGACUGCUUCCCAGGCGGCAGCAGCUCCUCCAUCGCAUGGCAAGGAUCAGGCCAGAGCUCUGAUCUUUAUCCAUGGGGAUCUCAGCUGGGACCAACUGCAGAUCAUGAUCAGCAAGUCCACAACCGCAGAUUUGCUCAAGAUGUACUUCAAGCUGGAGGAGUUCUUCACACAGCAAUUCAAGUCCUCGAAGAGAGUCUUCUCCAGUCUGGAGCCGCGACUCCAAGACCGCUCUGCCAGCAUCAAGAGGCGACAGCAGCUCAAGAAGAAGCCGGCCAACGGAGAGCUAGUGGCCCCCGUACCCAUUCAGGGUUUGAUUGGGGAAAAUACCGACGCACGUCACCAUCGUCACUGGCAAAAGCCGCUGGCCCAGGCCGUUGGCCUGGUGGUGCCCUCACUGGUCACCCGUCUGCCGCGUCAUGGCAACGUCUUGGGCGGCACCGUUGAACUCCGCGGGCAGAACAUCUCGCUGGCCUGCUUCCAUGGCAUUAACUUCAAGUCUAAGUCGUGGGCCCUGUUCAGCCUAAGAUCCCCCUCGAUCAACUUUGCCACUGAAGCGCGACAGAACGAGGAUGAAGUGCUGGUCACCCAGACCCUAACGUCUUCCCUGGGACAGACGACGGAGGUGCAGCAGCAGCAGAACCACUCGAUGGCCAUCGUGAGUCGCAUCACGCGGAACAUUAUCUUUCCGCCGCAGUUCAAGACUUUGAAUGAGUGGUUCCACUAUGCCUUUGCUAAUAGUGAGAUUGAUGCUGUGGAUCGCUUCCCCAUUCUGGAGUGCGAACGGGAGAUUGCCUCCAAUUCCAUUGAGCGAACGCGAGCUUCCGGCAGCAGCAGUGCCGCCAAAGCGCAGGAGCACAACCAUAACCGGGAGGUCAUCUUUGCCCUGCCUAGCCUGCAGCUGCAUUUCAAGACUGAGCACAAACAAGGACCAACCACCCCGGAGCCAAGUGAAACCAAGCCAGAAGUCUUGUGCAGCUUCAUCACCGAAUUCGAUGACCACAUCUUUGUGACCGUCGAUGCGGACGCCUUCUUUUUUCUCCACGAUCUCAUCACCUCCUAUGUGACUGAAAAGGAGAAGGUGAUUGGAGCUCAGUCGGCGAGGGCUGCGUCGCCAAAUCUUUCGCAAAAGGCCAACCUGAAGCCAUAUCUGACCGACGAGAUCCUGAAAGAGAAGAAGGGCGCCUCCAAUACGAACUUGACUGCCCAGGGCAAGCAGAUGAGCGCCAGCAAAAGCAGUCUGGAUCCGCUGCAGGGCAGUCACUCAAGCCUAGCGAACGCUGCCUCCAAUGUGUCAGGAGCAGCGUCAACGACCACGACAUCACCGAUGACUGCAACCACAGCAACAUCAUCAUCAUCCGCAGCCGCUGCAGCCGCCGCCGCCACAUCGACAUCGAGUGGAGCGACAGGGCCAUCGACAGGCUCUUCAAACGACGCCACCGAUGGCAAGCAGGAAAGCUCUCCGCCGAGCUUUGAUCUCGAAUCGUUUGUGCGCGAUUGGCGGCACUUUGAGUGCCAGACAUGGCACCUGGAGCCCACAGUGCGCCUGCUCUCGUGGGCCGGCAAGUCCAUCGAGCCGUAUGGCGUUGAUUACAUACUCAACAAACUGGGCUUCAGCCAUGCCCGAACCACCAUACCCAAGUGGCUGCAGCGCGGAUUUAUGGAUCCGCUGGACAAGGUGCAGGCCCUGAUGAUGCUGCAGCUGCUGCUGAUGGUCCGCGAGAACAAGGUGGAGCGGGAUGGCGGGGGGGCCAGUGGGUCUGGCAAGCAGCAGAACCAUCGACCAUCAACGAAUUAGCCAUGACAGAGCCACAUUCAUGACAAUUGACAAUUGCCCAAAGUCGUUCGAUUUAGUUUAAGUGUAGCAAUGUAUAGAUUUUUCACCCGUGUAAAGUUUUAUAUAUUAUUUAUUAUCCCGGAUGACCUGGCAUGCUUAGACGUUUCAACUAGCGGUAUUAUUUGGCCAAUAAGGCAGCUUCUUCUUCUGCAAUGUAAAUGGUUUGCUCUCGUUCCCCCCUAAUUUUAGGCGUAUUUGUAUCCUCAUCCUCUUUUAUAGGUGUAACGUCAAGUGCUUCGUGUAAUUUGCUCAAUUUUUGGCGCUUUGUAACUAUCAUUACAUCGUUUUGUUGUUAUUCCUAGGAUAUACUUACUAUGCAACAAGGAGCAAAGCAAUUGUGUUUAAACUAUAAGUAGCUCUAAUUGAAUAUACAUGAUUAUUAAAUACAACCAAAAACCGUGUAAGACUAUCGAUAAGUAAAUGAAUAAACUUUCGGAAGAGCA